CGCCAUCUCUUCUCGGCACGGCAUGUGGCGUGCAGGUGUGCGGGCUGCCAUGCUAGCGCACAAAUGGCGUUCGGGCACCGUGUACCCUGGCCCCCACUCGAAAAAGGGGAAACCCGUCAGGCCUCGCUCCUCACCGUAGGCCGAUAGCCAACCAGCCAGACAACACGUGGACACGGCAGCGGCAGCGGCAGCGCCCUCCGACCCCCGCCGGGCCACCAGGCAGAAAAGGAACGGAACGGCGCAGCCGCGGCGGCGGCGGCGGCGGCGGCGGCUGUAGGUUCCCGCACCAGCGACUGGCGGACACGUAUAUCCAAUCAUCCAUCUUCUCUCGCACGGCCGCACCCGUCCUCGGACUCGUUCCGUCUGCUAGCAAUGCCGCUGGCGCUCGCGCAGUUGCAGGACCUGCGGGACCGCAUCUCCGACCGCCUCCGCCCAUGGAGCCGCUCCGCGCAGUUCUGGGUCCGCGCCGCGGACAUCUACACCAGCUACAAGGUGUGCCAGCUGCGGGCUGGGUUUGUGAAGGAUGAGGACGAGCGGGAGGCCAUGUGGGAGCAGCAGCACGAGCUCGGCGCCCAGAAGAUGUAUUCCCUCUGCUCCGAGCUCGGCGGUCUUUUCCUCAAGGCUGCUCAAAUUCUGGGGAAACCUGACCUGGCACCUAUGGCUUGGGUGAAGAGACUUGUUACGCUGUGUGACAAGGCCCCAGCCACGCCAUUUGAUGUGGUUAGAGAUGUUGUGGAGAAACAGUUCAUGAAGAAUUUCGAUGACAUAUUCGAAUUCUUCGAUGUUGAGCCUGUUGGGUCUGCUUCUAUUGCACAGGUGCAUCGAGCAAGGCUUAAAUUGUCAAAUACUGAUGUUGCUGUCAAGGUUCAACAUCCAGGAGCCGAACAUCUGAUGAUGGUUGAUAUUCGGAAUAUGCAAGCAAUGGCCUUGUUUCUGCAGAAGUAUGACAUAAACUUCGAUCUAUUCUCUGCCACGAAAGAGAUGGAAAAGCAGAUAUGCUAUGAGUUUGACUUUGUGCGCGAAGCAAGUGCAAUGGAAAGAAUUCGAGAAUUCCUACGUAUCACCAAUAAGAAACCUCCGGUUAUGGUGCCCCGUGUGAUUCCUGGGAUGGUUACCAGGAAGAUUUUGUCAGAUCUUACUCUUGCAUAUGGUCAAAUGAUCUUGAAGGAUGGCUUUUUCCAUGCAGAUCCACACCCAGGAAACAUCCUUAUCUGUAAGGAUACAGAGGUGGCUUUACUUGAUUAUGGACAAGUGAAAGAAAUGCCAGAAGAUUUACGGCUUGCUUAUGCAAAUCUUGUAGUUGCAAUGGCUGAUGAUGAUUUCUUGAGGGCUGAGGAAAGUUUCAGGGAGCUUGGUAUUCGAACAUGGGCCAUAUCUGACAACAAGUUAGAAGAAUUGUUUCAGUUAUCCCUGCGAAUGUUUGAUACAAGAUUACCACCAGGUGUAACUGUUAUGUCACCUUUUGCUGAUGAUUCUUCGCUUACUAAAAUUGGAGUGGAGAGUUUCCCAGAAGAGCUAUUUUCAGUGCUUCGAACAAUCCAGCUUUUGCGAGGGCUGACUGUAGGGAUGGGCCUUACAUUCUCGUGCGCUAAGCAUUGGAGAUCAAUCGCUGAGGAUGCAUUGUUGAAAGCAGGAAGACAAAGCGCUUCAAAAUCAAGAAAGCAAAAGAGAAGUUUUCUCAGGAGACUGUUUUGGUGAAGUAGGGAUAGGGGCUAUCAAAGAACAUGAUAUACGGACAUUCUGUGAUGAAAGUAUGAAACGGAAUUAGCCAACAGCUCAAGCCUUCGAUUCUUAUAUUCACAGUACAUCAGUUCACAAUUCAUUUACUUUGGGUGCUUGUUAUUUGACUCAACGAUGUUGCUCAUUCCUUUAUAACAAUGUGUUAUUUGGAUUUUAGUAUAUGUUUAGGGAUUGUAUCUGAAGUUGACUUGUCCACAGGCC